AGCUCAGGGGGCCCAGGGCAGAACUCGGGCAAACCUUCAGACAAGGCGUUUGAGGACUGGCUGAGUGACGAUGUGAACUCUUAUCAGAGGUGAGACCAUCGUAAACAUUACUCACUCCUCUCUGAGGCAGCUGUACAGCUUUUCUCUUAUAGUACACAUAAAGCACAUGGUCUAAAUCCAAAGUAAGAUGCCACAGAGAACAUUUUUGUUUUGUUUAAAGAAGAUCACUUUAAUCUGUUUUUCUCUCAUGUAAUGUAUUCUUAACCAUAAUUAUCAAACUUAACAACUUCAAGGACUUUAUCUGUGAAUGCUCACCCAAAUUGUAGCACAGGGUCUUAAUACAAAAGUAAGAUGCCACAGAAUACAAAAUUUAAACUUUUGCAUAAAGCUACAUUUCAACCAUAUUGUAAUUUUUUUAUUUCCUGCUGGGUCCACCCAUGUGUGUAUUCAUGAUUGUAAGUUGCUUUCCAUAAAAGCAUUGGCUAAAUGGCAUAUAUUAUAUGUUUUUGGUCACUGAAUGGGGACUUGUCAUUUAUGAAAACUUCCCAUUUCCCCUGUAGUGGUGGCGGUUAUAGUGGGAAUCAGGAGAACCGCUAUGUUGGCUUUGGGAAUACGCCGACUCCAGAGAAGAAGGAGGAUGAUGUCCUGAACAACGCUCUAUCUUCCAUUUAUUCGGUACGGCAGUAAUAUGGCACAGCAUUUGGAAAUAUGCAUAGCCCUGAAGUAAAGGGGUCCAUAUAUACAGUGGGGAAAAAAAGUAUUUAGUCAGCCACCAAUUGUGCAAGUUCUCCCACUUAAAAAGAUGAGAGAGGCCUGUAAUUUUCAUCAUAGGUACACGUCAACUAUGACAGACAAAUCGAGGGAAAAAAAUCCAGAAAAUCACAUUGUAGGAUUUUUUAUGAAUACAUUUGCAAAUUAUGGUGGAAAAUAAGUAUUUGGUCACCUACAAACAAGCAAGAUUUCUGGCUCUCACAGACCUGUAACUUCUUCUUUAAGAGGCUCCUCUGUCCUCCACUCGUUACCUGUAUUAAUGGCACCUGUUUGAACUUGUUAUCAGUAUAAAAGACACCUGUCCACAACCUCAAACAGUCACACUCCAAACUCCACUAUGGCCAAGACCAAAGAGCUGUCAAAGGACACCAGAAACAAAAUUGUAGACCAGCACCAGGCUGGGAAGACUGAAUCUGCAAUAGGUAAGCAGCUUGGUUUGAAGAAAUCAACUGUGGAAGCAAUUAUUAGGAAAUGGAAGACAUACAAGACCACUGAUAAUCUCCCUCGAUCUGGGGCUCCACGCAAGAUCUCACCCCGUGGGGUCAAAAUGAUCACAAGAACGGUGAGCAAAAAUCCCAGAACCACACGGGGGGACCUAGUGAAUGACCUGCAGAGAGCUGGGACCAAAGUAACAAAGCCUACCAUCAGUAACACACUACGCCGCCAGGGACUCAAAUCCUGCAGUGCCAGACGUGUCCCCCUGCUUAAGCCAGUACAUGUCCAGGCCCGUCUGAAGUUUGCUAGAGUGCAUUUGGAUGAUCCAGAAGAGGAUUGGGAGAAUGUCAUAUGGUCAGAUGAAACCAAAAUAGAACUUUUUGGUAAAAACUCAACUCGUCGUGUUUGGAGGACAAAGAAUGCUGAGUUCCAUCCAAAGAACACCAUACCUACUGUGAAGCAUGGGGGUGGAAACAUCAUGCUUUGGGGCUGUUUUUCUGCAAAGGGACCAGGACGACUGAUCCGUGUAAAGGAAAGAAUGAAUGGGGCCAUGUAUCGUGAGAUUUUGAGUGAAAACCUCCUUCCAUCAGCAAGGGCAUUGAAGGUGAAACGUGGCUGGGUCUUUCAGCAUGACAAUGAUCCCAAACACACCGCCCGGGCAACGAAGGAGUGGCUUCGUAAGAAGCAUUUCAAGGUCCUGGAGUGGCCUAGCCAGUCUCCAGAUCUCAACCCCAUAGAAAAUCUUUGGAGGGAGUUGAAAGUCCGUGUUGCCCAGCGACAGCCCCAAAACAUCACUGCUCUAGAGGAGAUCUGCAUGGAGGAAUGGGCCAAAAUACCAGCAACAGUGUGUGAAAACCUUGUGAAGACUUACAGAAAACGUUUGACCUGUGUCAUUGCCAACAAAGGGUAUAUAACAAAGUAUUGAGAAACUUUUGUUAUUGACCAAAUACUUAUUUUCCACCAUAAUUUGCAAAUAAAUUCAUUAAAAAUCCUACAAUGUGAUUUUCUGGAUUUUCUUUUCUCAAUUUGUCUGUCAUAGUUGACGUGUACCUAUGAUGAAAAUUACAGGCCUCUCGCAUCUUUUUAAGUGGGAGAACUUGCACAAUUGGUGGCUGACUAAAUACUUUUUUCCCCCACUGUAUGGUGCUUUUAAGACAACUGGGAACAAACAAGGUCAACUCAUGGCGUCACUGAUCUUCAUUGUUUGAACGCACUGAAGUCUUAGAUUUCCGAGUUACCAGUCUUGAACGCUGCAAUAGUACCAUUUGGGACACAUGAUGACUCGUGUGACAUGUUUUGUUUUAUAGGGCUGGAGCAAUUUCACCAUCGGCGCUAGCAAAAUUGCUGCAGUCGCCAAGGAUAAUGUAAGUAUCUCCAAGGAAAGUUGUUAUCCUGUCAAAUAACUUAAUUUUACUGUUUAUUAAUUGCGUUUUCCCAUCUUUUCACUGAAACAGACCGCAAAACUUGCAACUUCAGCAACCCUAAAGGUAUGAAUUCCUUUUGUUAAACAGUUAUUAGUAACUGAUUAGUCUUACCUUUAGUUACUACCAGGGUUUUUUCUGCAUAGAAAAGUAUUGGCCGGUUGGCCCAGUAUUUUUUUUUUUUUACUGAAAUGUCUCUCAGACCCAUGGUAAAAUGUGUAAAAUUGCAGGAAAUUUUAUUUCAACCAGCAAAACUUUGUCUCUAUGGCCAAGAGGAGGGCCUCAAGUUUUCAGUCGGCGACCAUGCCAUUGACCGCACCCAUUGCCCCUGCCACGCCUAACACCUAAGCCCCUUUUUAUCCCGAAAAAAACCCUGACUACUAAGAUAUCGUUAUGAAUUAUUAUUUUUUAGAAUAAUUUUGCAAUUUACUGUACAUGUGCUCUAAAAACUUGUAUUUAAAUGAGACUGUUUAUAUGGAUUUGUAGAUACAAACAAACUAUUUUAACCUUACAAGUCUAAGAUGCCAUUUAACAAAGUUGAUAAAGACGUGAUUAUGUGAAUCCCCUUUUGUUGAAUAAGGAAACCAUUCAUAUGCUCAUUCUCUCUCAUGGCUCAAGUAAUAACUAACAUGAUGCUCUGCUAUAGAGAGACAGAGUUCUAGCCCCCCUCUCUAAGGAAAUACCAAGCUAGGGUAAUUGAUUUGAGUGAUAAGACAUUUUCAUUGAUCAUAAUUCAACCAUAGCGAGAUAUUGGUUGAGGCUCAAUCUCCUAAUUCCAUGUGAUGUACCCACAGAAAAAUAUUUAUGUUCUAUAACUUCAUUCUUUCUAUGGAUGCACUACUGAAUGUUAUUCCCUCUGCAGUAGAAACGGCAGUGCAAAUGUUUAGCCUUUAGAGCUCAUGGAACAUAGAUUUUUUUCCCCCCACACACAUUUCCCUUGUAUUUUUGCUCAUAAAUUAACUGGACAGAAAUAACUGACCUUAUUCUGUGAAUUGACUGUAGUUUGAACUGUUUGACGCUUCUUUAACCUCGCUUUCUCUGAACAUAGUUAAGGGGCUAUAAGCCACCCCCAGAGCCGGUAAAACCAAUAACAAAUGCAUGCUCUUUGUCCAUAUGAUACCUGCAUAUCUCAUGUACUUAUUGUUUUUAUGAAUGCAUUCAUUCUCACACACCCAGAGCUUGUUGGCUGGUCAAUAUUGUAUGCACAAAUGUUUAAACCUGCUCCUGUGAAAUGGUUGAUGCAGUUAGCCCAACCUGUACUGUUACUGUAAGCUUUUGCUUGGCUGUAGACAAAUAACAUUCUCCUGUCUCUCUUUUUUUAAGUUGAUGGAUAAUCUUAAUGUUAAAGGUUGUAGUGUUAAAUUAUUUAUUAAUAUGAAGUUCUUGGUCACUUUAAAUUUAGUAGCUCAUAAUACCAAAUGGUUUAGAACCUGUUCUAGGAGUGUGAACAUUCCUGUCAUUUACAAAGAAAGAAAUCUUGGCACAAUAAUAAACAAAUCAAAUUUUAUUUGUCACAUGUGCCGAAUACAAGGGGUGUAGACGUUACCGUGAAAUUCUUACACGAGGAAUAAAGUAGACAAUAAUUAAGCUAUACACAAGGAGUACCAGAUCAAUGUGCAGGGGUACGAGGUAGAUAUGUACAUUAAGGCAGGGUAAAGUGACCGUUACUUUUGUACUCACCGACCAUAGGGUUAUCCAUCCAUGUAUGACAGUUCCAUUGCUCACUACCCUUUGCUGGUCAGCUGUCCGUCCGCUGUGCUGACUGUGCUCGUUUAAUGUCCUAAUGAAUGGAAUGACAGUUCCCCCGCCUGCCUCAGCUGCCUGCUACUCAGAAACUGUGUCUUUCGUUGCCGUGAAUGUCGAACUGUUCGUUUGAUUCACACAUUUUCUCCCUCUCACUCCCAACUAGGCCACAGAGUUAGGACAGACAUUAAAUGAGAAUGUUAUCAAACCUACCCACGAAAAGGUAACAUUGUUUGAAGUUAAUGUUAAUUUGGUGGUGGGUCCCUUUAGGCUAAUAUGCUUAAUAGAACCAGCUUUAAAUUUGAAUGUGCAUUGUGUCCUUUGGAAUGUGUCUGCUGUGGUGACUGUCUAGAUAGUGUGCACUGUGCAUGUGUAAUAGCUAAUUGCUUGAUGUAGAAAGAUUCCACAUAGCUGCUAAAAAUGGGUGUUGACUGAGACUAACUGAAAUCACCUGCUGUCUCCUUAUAAAUAGGCUAAUCACCACAUUCUUAAUGUCCUCUCAGUACAAAAUCUAAGCCUAACCACUUUGCUCACAGUAAAAUCUGCAAUCGCUCUCAAUAAGAAAUACUGCCUGAGCUAGCCUAGGUGGGUGAUGUCUUUAUUUGCACGCCCACCUCUUGAUGCUGUAAGUUGUCUCCAUUCUUCCAUUAACGUUGAUUUGGCUUGUCCAGGUAAAAGAUGGCAAGUUGCUAGAUGAAAUGUCCGUCAGCAUUGCUGGGCUGGCAUCCAAGGUAGGAGAAGGCAGACCUCUGCCACACUGCAAACCGACAACCAGUCUCCUGAGCAAGGGUCAUGGGAAGCUAUGCAUUCAUUAGAAAUGACUUAUCCUGAAAAGGAGACUGGUUUGGGUGUGUUGAUGUACAUUUUGAAGAUAAUGAUGCAAUUUGAUCUCCCAUUUCUCUUGCUGCCAUUGUUAUUCUGGUGGUGAGUACUAUGUAGAUGUAACUGUACUUGUAUUAUAUUAACUUGUUCAAGCUUCACUUGAGUCAAGUAAAGGACAAUGUGAUGAACUAUUGUGAUGAAUACAGAGGUCAAUGAUUAGGUGAAAAGGUUAUAUUUUGACUGGAAUCUGACACAAACAUGUUUGUAAACCCUUGAUUUCAUUAGUUAACUUUUUAUCAACAUAAUUUCAUGUCUAGAUGUUUUUUGGAGUUUGACACGUGCCCGCUUCUCAGGUCCAGGGCGCUGGUGCAAAAGGCUGGAAAGACAUGAGCGACUUCUUUGCUGGAAAGCCAGAGGACGGGUAAUAUCAAAUACUUUGGCUUGGAGAUAUGACAUACCGUAUAUGUCCUUAGUUAGGUGGGUGGCUUUAUUUGAUUAACCCUCUUCCACAGGUCAGAAGGAGAGAGCUACCAGAACAUGGACGCCACUGAGGGUUACCAGGGCAACUCCUCAGGCCCAGAACCAGGCCAGGCCCCUGCGCAGGACUUCUGGGAGACCUUUGGAAGCACCAGCUCCUCCAAGCCCAAGAAGUCUCCAAGCAGCGACAGUUGGACCAACGUCGACAAUUCUGCCACAGAGAAGAAGAGCUCCGACAGCUGGGACAACUGGGGCUCGGAGGCGGCAACCAACAACAAACACAGCACUGGAGACAGCUGGGAGGCCUGGGACAACAACUGGGACAACGCCGGCAGCGGCAAAGAGGCCAAGUGCAAGAAGAGCCCCGCUGCCGCCCCUGACAAACCUGCUGAGGAAACCUGGGACAAUGCAGACUGGUAGAGGCCUCUCACUCCCACUCUCCUCCCCGGCUCUAUUUCUCCCUUACUCCCUUUUUCUCUUUCUCCACCUUCUCUCUUUCCUUCCUUUUCACAGGCACUUUUACAGUUGCACAGUUCUGUCUCUAACCUGGGCUGCGCUCAAUGCCAGUUCUGUAUGUUAUGUUAUUCCUCAAUAAGAAUCAAUUAAAAGUAAAUUGAGUUAAAUGCAUACUGAAUAUACCUGAAUAUUCACAAACUUUAAAGCAGUCUGUAGUGUAUUUUAAUUUGGCUGGAUUUGUGUAAAUAAAGUUAUUUUCUUUAAUUGCAGGAGUUCAAAAAUCAAAAUGUGAGCAGGGGUAUAAUCAUCUUAUGUAAUAUUUAAAGUUGUUUCCAUAUUAGAAGGCAAGGUGCCAUCUUGGUUUUAUGACUCUAUAGCAGGGCUAUUCAACUAUAUUCUUACGGGGGCCAGAUAAAAAAAAAAAAAAAGGUUAGUUGCAGGACAUUUUCCACGUGAUUAUUCUAAGGAGACACACACCAAUAAAUACAUUUUUGUCAAAUUAAAUGUUGCUAAAAGUAAUUAAGAAAGAAGUGGAGGUGCAACGUGAGUCGAGGUGCAACCGACAUUUUGUUAUCAUCAUUGAAAAAUAAAAGGAGCAACGUUCGCUCACCGUUAUUUUUAUUUAUUUAAACCACUAUUAAAAGCUUCUUAAAAGUAAUUAGGUCAUUAGAAAAUCAUCUGAAAACUAAGCAUCUCAAUAAACACAAAGAUAUGUCAAAUCAGGUAAUGCCAAGGAAGUAUUCUUUGAAUUCAUUUCCCUCAGUCAUUAGGUGCAUUUUUUUUGUCACACUCCCUUCUAACGAGUCCUUGUGAGCGUCAGCAAUGGAAACCGAAGACAUGGACGUGUUCGUAGCUUUCAGGAAUGGGGUCAUAAUAUUUUGUAGCUUAAACCGUUCAAACGCUAAAGACAAAUUUAUAUGAAGAAAAAAAAUUACCAACAUGCCACAUAGGUGCUAAAAACAGCCAAAACUACACUUGCUUGUCAUUUUGGCAAUGAAUGUCGAAUUUUGGCUUUUUUUUUUUUUCAGAUAUUUUAUUAAUGUUCAGAAUUGAUCAAAGGGCAAGUCUAAAUUAAUAAAUGGGCCGGAUCUGGCCACGGGCCGCCAGUUUAAAUAGCCCUGCUCUAUAUUCAGGCGUUCAAUUUAAUCAUCCUCAACUAAAGAUGGCAGCAGUCACCUACUGAACCAGAGUGUCUAGAGUGAGAGGAGCCCAGUCUGUCUAUGGUUAUCCCACGAGAAACCGGGAUUUCCACUUUGUUUACACAUGAUACAUAAUGACGUUGACAAGGAACUGGACUCCAGUUUAGUGUGUUAUCAUGUAAAGCCAGCAUCCCUGGAUUGCACCCCAACAGUGCUGUCUGUGUUGACAAAAAUUGACGGUCAAAACGUUCUGUUGUGUCGAUUUAUUACUGCAACUAACCUUGGUAGGAUGAUGCUUAACAUUGUGCAAUGGCAUUACAUGUAUAAAUGUAGUUGCUGGAUUCAUCUGAUGCAAGUACAUUAUUUGAACAAUUUAUUUUUUAUUUUAUACAUCCUCAGUCCUCUUUUCAUUGAAACCUGAAGAGAAGACUCUUAUGAGUCAGUACAAUUUGGUUAUUUUGAUGAACAGGUGACGAGAAGUACACUUUGGUUUAUGUACAACCUGGUCUAAAAAGAGGUUGAUAGUAUAAAAGUACUAUUCCGCCACCCAAUCAGUGGUUGUCGAUCGUAUUAACCUCAUCCACUUACUGUAAUAUGAGUGAUCAUGUGUUCAUUUAAUGUACAGUAUGUGUUUUAAUCUGUAAAAUGAUUGUGUGUGUUGAGAACUAGACACAUUCGUUUUUGGGGUAAGGAUGACUUAUGCUUCAUUGCAUAUAUGUAAUACUGCCAAACCUGUGGGACCACCACAGCAACCUUCUGUGACCUCCGUAAACUUCAGUUGACCCUUAGUGGGAUGUAGUCUAUGUUGUGUCUGUUGUCCUUUUAACACUAAAAAUCAACCCUUUCUCAGUGAGAUGAGAUUUUCAGUCUUGGUCUUAAGUGUUGCAUCCAAGUUUUUAUGAGUUGAUAAAUGUGCAUAAUUGACGAGAUCAACAUAAUGUUGAGUCAAACAACAGUCAAAGAACACAUCUCAGGCCAGUUAUGUAAUAAUCUUUACAGGAAAGUUUGAUACAAAAUUCAGAUCUGUACAGUGAAUUUCUGACAAACAUUCACUUCUCGAGUGAUGUUGAAUACUGCUGAUUUGAAAUAAAGCUAUUCGCUGGACUUCUAAAAUGAGCCACAUGUUUUACAUGGAAGUGCAGAAUAAGGUGGUCCCAGAGAUUCACUCUAACUUCAGCCAUGUAGGCUUGGCUAGGCCUAAUCCCGGCCUUGUUCGAGUCAUGCAUGUUUUUUGAGUGACUUUUCCAUGGUCAUUUAACAGAUUAAUUUAAAUUGUUUGCAGUCUCCCAUUGUAAGGAGGUGGAACCCUCAAUUUCACCCUGUAUGUAUGUGAGAGACUGAGGCAUUGCCUAGAUAAUUAUUCUACUCCUGAGAAAGAUGAUGAGGCUACUAUUUCUUAGUUACACCAGAUUGUUGGCAUUUCCUUCCCCUGGCUGUUUUUCUGGUGGAACCACAGUUUAUGGGCUGAUAUGGCGUGGCAUGCAUUGUCUUGUGUGAAUGAAAAGUGCUUCUGCUAAAAGGGCAACAAAGACCAUCUGUUAAGAUUUGCAUGUUUUCUACACAAAAUUAAUGACCGGAGAUGUAAACUAGGAUAACUGUGAUAACUGUGCAAUGUUUGUGUAGUAGUGCAUCUUCUGCAAUAGUGCUGUAUCUCCCCUGCCCUCUAUUUUAAUGUUACCAGCCUUAAAGAGCUGUCCUCAGUCUAUCUAUUGAUAAACCGUUGUCAGUUUGGUUUUAAGAGUGUGUGUGUUUGGGUGUAUGUGUGAGUGUGUUCUCCCUUAUUAGCUGGACAGCAUGUAUGAUAAAAUAUAAAAGUAAAACGAGGUGCUGCUGUUUAGUUUGCCUCCACAUGUCUGAUGCUUUAUAAUGAUUUUUCUUGUACUGUAUUAUGUUUUAUGACGACUUAACAUUUUCAGUUAAGACUAAUCAGUCUGGUGGAACCAGCCUGAAGAUGAACGUAGUGAUUAUGCUAGUUCCACCAGGCAAAAUCACAUAUUCUUAGUCCCAAAAUGUUUUUUUUAUUAGUCAAUGAAUUCCAGUGCUUUAAUCUAAAGGAUGUUAAAUGUUAGAGAUCCUGUUUAUAGAUCUACAAAUCUCACUGUAGAUCAUUUGGUAUGUGUGAAAAAUAGGCCUAACAGAACUUUUCACAAAAGUACAAUAUGUGCUUUUUGUCUAUUCAUGUUUUGACUGUCACAUUGGAGAUUGUGGGUGGCAAUCUUUUGUAGAUAUCAUUGUUCAGUCAACAAAUUACUAUUUUUCGAUAUUGUACAUGAAAUGAUUAAUGCAUCCUAAUGUAACUAUGGUUUGGAGAUAAAUAAAUAGUUGAUUUUUAAUUUUAUUUUUAAACAUCAUUGUAUUUCUAAGUGCAUUGGGCGUUGGUGAGUUGUUUUCUUCUUUGAGUUCCACUAACUUAUCGUUCCAAAAUGGUGAUUGAUUGAAGGGAAUUUCCUCCAGUGCUCUUAACUCUAAAGUAAACCAUAAGAUUACGGUAGGCUUGACCCUUAUAGUACUGUACUCUAUAAAUAUGUAACAGUUCCGGUUGUGGGUGUAUUUCUCUGCACCACCUGUUGUCUGUAUGCUAAAUAAAAACGUAUACAUG